GAGGGGAUGUUCAGUAUUGCACAUGCGACGAAGCGCGGACUUGAAUUGCGGCCGCAUUGAAGAGACGCGUUGAUUGGCGGGCUCUAGAGUCGACGCUAUUCCGAAUCCGUAUAAUGUAAAUACACAAUCUGCAGUGAAUAAUGUGGUCGAGGCCGCUUGAUAACAUAUUUGCAACGAGGUAUCGGUAAAAAAGACCUUGCCCAAAUCAUUGCUAUAGUUCGACGAAUCUCGACUUUCUGGUAUGCCUGUCCGACGGAGACAUACUGGUGCUGGCACGAGACAUGGCGAAACUGAACGAAGUUCCUCCCCCACCAACUGAGAAUAUCGAUGCUUUGAAACGACGCUUUAUCCGCCAGAAUCGCGAGAUAGCAAGAGUGAACUCGACACAAUCACAACGAAUACGCAACCUCGAAGCCGAGUGUGCUCGAUUAGUCGCCGAGAAUGUCUCCCUCAGAGAACAAGCAAUUGCCGCUCAUGUCGAAGCCGAGAGGUGGCGGAAUGCGAAUGGUAUGGGAAGAGAAGUCCUGGAUAUGAAGGAACGACUUGUGUCGAAGGUCAACGAGAUGUCAUUGUUGCUUGUGGAAAUGGGUCAGAUCCCUGAAAGAGCAGCGAAGACUGGGAGAAGGAAGAGUCGUAUAUCUACCUCGCAAAGCCUGGCUGAGCAGGAAUGGAGAAGUCGACAGUCAAUGCGAGAAGCAGCAGCUGUAGAGAGGGACAUGCUGGACGGCAGGUUACCUCCCAUUUCAGAGGACAAGCUCUAUCCGCGACGAACAUUAGAAUCUGCCGAGGUCAUGGCAUUGAGAAACGAGAAGGCUUUGCAGCAAGCUUCCGAAUCACCAGAUUUAGGUCCUCCGCCCGUGGCGCAUUUCGAUGUCGGUGACGUUGUUGCUUUCGACACUACAACAAGCGAAAACAAGAACGAUGAAGAUGUGGCGCAACAGCCUCCGAUGCUGGAGAAGAGACGGAAACGACGGACAAGCGCCUUACUGCAGGACAUGCCGCUUGAGGAGCAUUCAGAUCCGGAGAAGUCUGCUCAACAGCUGUUGAAGUCUGGCGCCAAACGAAAAUUGGAUCUGACUGAAUUGGAAGAACGUGUGCCCCAGCAACCCAGCGACAUCGAUGACUUUGUUUUCCAGCGCAAACAAGACAUUUGGAGCAACCCAGCCGCUCUCAAGAAAGCAUCCAGAUUCACAAGACCACCUGGUCGUGAGAACGAGGAGAAGACAGGCGAAAAGAGUCUGCAAUCUCCGCAGAAGUCUGCAGGAGCGGACAGAAAGAUCCUGGCACCAAAGAGUACGAACUCGCCGGCCAAGCGGAAGGUCAGGGUGGCGGACAAACUGUCUUCUUCGAAAGAUGAUGGCGAGGAGCGACCAACAUCAGCCACCAGCAAACAGGCUAAGAGGUCUCACAUCCAAAUACCGCCUGAAGUUCACGACAUUGUUCUGGAGUCUGAAGGACGACCUGACUCGAAAAACUUACCUCCCAAGACUCCAGCACCACAGGAUCCAGACAUUUUGUCUCCCACCUCGACCGAGCCUUCGGUUCGCAUAACUCACCACGCGAGAGAGGCUGCGAUAACCAACUCAGUUGAAGAUGUUCUGAACGGAAGCAUUGGCCGAGGUUCUCGCCGCGCAAGGCCAGCAGUCAGUUAUGCAUUGCCCAACCUGCGAGAUAAGAUGAGAAGGCCAACCAAGGAGCUGGUCGGAGCAGUUGAGGGAUUAGACAAGAACAAAGAGACCACUGCGGUUUCAAUUGCGGGGGGUACGGAGAGGGAAGGAUCGGAAGGCGCGAUUCCAGCUGAAAGUCAAGGAAGCAUCCUGAAGAUGAAGCAGGAAAAGCAGCCAAGCGGAGGCAAAUGGAAGGAAUUACCCCUUUCCCGAGACAAGAAAGAAGAACCGACAAGCCCUCUAAGAGACAAAGAACGAAAGGAGAAAGAUCGAGGAAAAAUCGUGGUCAGAAAUGACCGAAACCAAGACGGAAAGCAAGACAGUGACGAGCUGGAAAGGUCUGUUGACCGAUUGAGUAUAUUCGAUCCGCCAGCAUCUUCACCCAUUGACGAAGAUAAAGAAAAUGAACCACCUGCGACUACUACUUCCAGGCGCCGAAGUACAGCUGUGCCACCAACAAGGAGGCACUCAGUACAGCCUUCAUCCUCCUCUUCCACCGCCCAGACCCAGUCACUGGCGAACACAUCGCAUCCGAAUCUGAGGACUGGAGCACAUCCCCCACGGCCGAACUCUGCGGCGAGCUUGAGGCAGGAUCCUGGCUCUGGUAGGAGCAAAGGUCUGAGGCCCCCAAGCAGCGUCAGCAUCAACCUAGGAGGAGGAGAGAGUGAUGCAAAUGCGCCCGGCUCAACUGUCGCCGCGACCACGACUGCUAGCGCGACGUCGAGCACGGACAGGGCCGCCAGCCGGCGGAGGAGUAUGAUGGUAUAGAGGUUGAGUGUUGCACAAACGCUGGGCAUGACCCAGCCGAUUGAAGCGCACCCUCAUCUGGCCGGCGCGAUUGCGUUGACCCCAGUCUCCCUGGACACUCGAGCCUCUGGUCGUUUCCCUUUUCGAGCGAGCGAGUGAGCGUUGC